GUGCUAGCUAGAUUUCACUUUUAUGACCCGGGCUUUCGAGUAUGAUAUGGAAGCCACGUCAUGCAUGGUACAGAGGAAUGGGACUGCUGAUUUCUUGGCCACAUCUUAGUUGAUUUCAGCAGGGGCAUGAUCAGCAGUCUCUUUGGUUAGAUCUUUCCGAUACAUUGGCUUUUCUUCUCAAUAAAUUUUCCAUUACAAAACCUGGACCUUGAAUCAUUUGGCGUUGCUCGCUGAUGGAAACUGGAGGUGAUAACAAAAAUAUAGGUGAACAAGGACACGGAAUCCCAAGUCAUCCUUCACCACCACCAGCAUCAUCAUCAUCACAAGACCCUUUCCAAGUACCUAAUGAUGCACCCAACAACCCAAGUAAUGAAUGCAAGAACAAUGAUACUACUCCAUUUGCAAAUGAACCAUCACCAGGAAGUCCAUUCCAUGAGCCAACAAAAACUGACGGCAAGACCCCUUCAUGGGAGACUAAUGAAGAUGAUGAUGUUCGAAUAAGCUCUAAGCCAAACCAAGGAUCAUCAGAAACACAAAACCCUCCAGUGCAGGUGAUGGAGCGUCCAGGUGAAUCCGCAGGUACCUCUCCUCAGUACACUUUUCCAUCCCAUGUUUUCUCCAAGAGCAACAUAAACUCCCCAGUGGAAUGGAGCACUGCCUCUAACGAAUCACUGUUCAGCAUCUAUAUGGGAAACACGAGCUUCUCAAAUGAAUUGGUUGGUUUCAAAUCCGGUGAGUUGGAUAAGCCUGGUGAGGUGUACAUGUAUGAUCAGCCCAUUGCCUCGCCAACUCCAGAACAGCCACCUGCCAAGGUGAACAAGUUCAAUGAUAUCAGCCAAAGAACUGCUGAACACCAGUUACUACACGAAGAAAGUUCCAAAGCUACUGAAGCAAAAGCUGCUGAGACAAUGAGAGAGGUUAUAAUGGAAAGUAGUCAAACCACAGAGAAUGUUGCUUCCAAUUCUCAUCGCCAGUCAGACGGGAGUGCCAAGUCCUAUGCAUUUCAAUCGUCGAAAAGUCGAGAUAAAAGAGCUUCAUCCAAUGUUGCUGGAGAGAAGGAAAAUCAACAGAAGCCGUCAGAGGAAAAUGAAACACCAAAUACAGCUGAUCAGGCCCCAAAAUCAAACAAAUGGCUUUGUUUUUCGUGCUGUCCGUUCUGUAAUUAGGACACAUUAGAUAAUCACAGCAGAGUCUCUUGUCUUUUGGCACAAACAUUAACUAUUUCUGUUGUCUUGUUAAGAUAGUAUCAUGCAUCAUCUGCGUAGCAGAAUAGCUCUAGUCAGUUAGUUUUAAUUCUACUUUUAUUUGUCAUGUUUACUCGGUACAUCCUAGUUGGGGAAAUCGGAGGUAAAAUUUCUGAUU